AUGUCUCGUCCAACGACUCCAAUCCUGUCAGAAUUCGACAUUGUUUUUGCUGGAGGUGGCACUACAGCUUGUGUUGUCGCAGGUCGCUUGGCUGCAUAUGAUCCCUCGCUCAGGAUCUUGAUUCUGGAAGCGGGUCAACACACCCUCAAUAAACCUAUUCAUGUCCAACCCUCUCAAGCUCUCCUCAACCUAGCACCGACCAGCACCACGGUUACAUUCAACAUAGGAAAUCCAUCUCCUCAUCUCAACGGCCGUGCACCAAUCGUUUCUUCCGGUCGUUGCGUCGGUGGAGGCUCAUGCGUGAAUUUCAUGGUAUACACCCGUGCACCUGCUUCGGACUAUGAUGAUUGGGGAGUCGAUGGUUGGGAAUCUGAAAAUUUGAUUCCUCUCAUGAAGAAGCUGGAGAAAUACGAAGUGCAGCCUGAUUGUCCAACUCACGGCUAUGACGGACCUAUCAAAGUGUCAUCUGGUGGGCGUAGAGCGGGUAUCUUCAACGAAUUCAUCCAGGUUGGCACGACCUAUCAUAAGAGGCACUAUGCCGAAGAUACCGAAGAUUUGGAAACCUGCAACACAUACAGUCCGUCUCAGAAGUACAUUGAUGGGACAACCGGAAGGCGUUCAGAUGCGGCUCACCACUAUGUCUACAACCAAGCUCACAACCCGAAUUUACACGUCUGGGACGGAAAGCGCGUGAAGCGGAUCAUCUUCGAGGACAAACGUGCUGUGGGUGUUGAGUUCACCAGCGAUCCAGUGUCUUGCCCGGAUGCGAACCAGUCGUCAAGUAUUGUAAGAGCAUCAAAACUUGUUGUUGUCUCUGCUGGGGCGUUCGGUUCUCCGACCAUUCUGGAGAGGUCUGGGAUUGGUGCCGGGGCGAUUCUCAAACGGUGCGGUAUCGAGCAACUAGUGAAUCUGCCUGGCGUCGGAGAAAAUUAUCGAGAUCACUAUCUCGUCCUUGUUCCAUACUUGGCUGCCGAUGAGAUCAUUACCACUGAGGCCCUCUCCCGUGGGAACAGUAUUCUGCAGGAAAGCCUUGCGCAAAAUGGCAUCGAUUCGAAAAUCAAGUGGCGUCCUGAUGACGAAGAAUUGAAAGCCAUGAGUCCAGCUUUUCAACCACGCUGGAAGGAGUUCUUCCAGGACCGGCCUGACAAGGCUGUUGCAGUAUUUUCUCCGUUUGCGCAAUAUUUUUCACCACUCUCAAGGCCGCGAUCGAGUAUACCACCUACUCGUAACUACACGACUGCCUGUUAUUAUACACUUUACCCCGUGUCUGCUGGAAGCGUUCAUAUCAACGUGACAGAGGACGGCAAAGAACGAAUGGACUUUAAUACAGGCUUCCUAGACGAUCCAUCCGAUAUUGUUCCUCUCAACUUCGGGUAUAAAAAAACACGCGAAAUUUUUCGACGCAUGGCUUCCUACCGAGGUGAAGUCCCUGCUGAUCAUCCUGAUUUCCCAGAGGGAAGCGCUGCAGUCUGUAGAGAAGCCUUCGGGCCAGUGGAAUUGGAUGCACCUGACAUCAUCUACACUGCCGAAGAUGACGAGGUGAUUGAUCGAUUCCUCCGCGACACCGUGCAGACUCCAUCCCACUCGCUUGGGACUUGUGCCAUGAAACCGGAGGCAGAUCAUGGAGUCGUCGACGCUCGGCUCAAUGUAUACGGGGUGUCGAACCUGAAGGUUGCAGAUCUGUCCAUUUCGCCGUUGAAUGUUGGCGCAAACACUUAUUCGACGGCACUUCUCAUUGGAGAGCGGGCUGCGAUGAUCAUUGCUGAAGACUUGGGGAUCAAUUGUAUUUGACAAACGUGCUUACGUAAUCGCUGUACAAACAUAAUUCUUUUUCCUUGAACCAACAAACAACUAUACCGGCGAUACCAUACUUAU